GCUGCGGGGGCCGGGCGGGGCGGUGCCCCGGAAGGCCGCAGUGGUUCCGGGCCGCGCGGCGCCAUGGAGUCGCUGUGGCGGCUGAAGCGGUUCGAUGCGUUCCCCAAAACCCUGGAGGACUUUCGGGUGAAGACGUGCGGCGGAGCGCUGGUGACGGUGGUCAGCGGGCUCAUCAUGGUGCUGCUGUUCUUCUCGGAGCUGCAGUACUACCUCACCAAGGAGGUCCAUCCCGAGCUGUACGUUGACAAAUCAAGGGGAGAUAAGCUGAAGAUCAAUAUCGACGUUGUUUUCCCGCACAUGCCUUGUGCCUAUUUGAGCAUCGAUGCAAUGGACGUAGCAGGAGAACAGCAGCUGGACGUAGAGCACAAUCUGUUUAAACAGCGUUUGGAUAAAGCUGGCAAUCGUGUGACUCCAGAGGCUGAGAGACAUGAGCUGGGGAAAGAAGAAGAAAAAGUGUUUGAUCCAAGUUCUUUGGAUGCUGAUCGUUGCGAGAGCUGUUACGGGGCAGAGUCAGAAGACAUUCGGUGUUGUAAUACUUGUGACGAUGUCAGAGAAGCCUACAGGCGGCGAGGCUGGGCCUUCAAGAACCCUGAUACCAUCGAGCAAUGCAAGAGGGAAGGGUUUAGCCAGAAAAUGCAGGAACAGAAGAACGAAGGCUGCCAAGUGUAUGGUUUCCUGGAGGUCAACAAGGUAGCUGGAAAUUUUCACUUUGCACCAGGAAAAAGCUUCCAGCAGUCUCAUGUACAUGUUCAUGACCUCCAGAGCUUUGGACUUGAUAAUAUCAAUAUGACACACUAUAUCAAACAUCUCUCAUUUGGAAGGGAUUAUCCAGGCAUCGUGAACCCUCUGGAUGGGACAGACGUCACUGCACAGCAAGCUUCCAUGAUGUUUCAGUAUUUUGUCAAAGUGGUCCCCACAGUUUAUAUGAAAGUAGAUGGUGAAGUGGUAAGGACUAACCAGUUUUCAGUUACACGGCACGAGAAAAUAGCCAACGGGCUGAUAGGAGACCAGGGUCUGCCUGGUGUGUUUGUGCUAUAUGAACUGUCACCCAUGAUGGUGAAGCUGACAGAGAAACACAGGCCCUUCACACACUUUCUCACAGGAGUUUGUGCCAUCGUUGGUGGCAUAUUCACAGUGGCUGGAUUCAUCGACUCCCUGAUUUAUCACUCAGCACGUGCCAUCCAGAAGAAAAUUGAACUUGGGAAGACAAUAUAAACAAUGACCUCACCGCACACCCCAAGAAAAUCUGUAAGGAGAACUGAACAGGUUUUACAAAAUGCAUGUGAUCCUCAGAGCACACGUGAGAAGAGGUUUGGAAUUACCAGGUGGCCCCAACUGCUCUUAACGUCUUAUCAUCUGUUGUUUGGCAUUGAUUUGUGGAUGGAACUGCUUGAACCUUGCUGCUGUGAUGUUACAUUAGCCAUCUUGUCUGGCUGUGCAGACCCUACUGAAAAACUCCUUUGUGUCAGUCCGUGUUCAUCCAGUUUGCCCCCUGAAAGAGCUGCUGGAGAUACUUCAGGAAUAAUGUACUGUGUUGUCAGGAGACCUGCAAUGGAUUGAAGCUGUCAUCAAAAACCUUUCUGACAACACCAUCUGUCUUCUUUUUAAUUGCUCCUACAAGUAUUUUGGAAUGUGCUGAUGCUGUAUGCCAGACCUCUGUGACAAUGUGCUGAACACCGUGUGCUUUCCUUCCAGCUGCCCAGGGCAAUGUGGAGGGACCUGGCAUUCCGGGUGUGCUUUCUGUACCACGUGCUCCCGCACUUGUUACAGAUUGCUCUUCUUAGAGAAGAUGCAAGUUGAUGUAUGGAUGAGAAAAAAAAAAUGUUUGGAAUUUUAAUGAAUUUUAAAUUGGAUUGUGUUUUUCACUUCCCCUCUGUUUCUGUUUUGUAAUGCAGUCCAUCCUCUGCGUUUUGGUAAGGCAUUUGGAAGAAAGAUUAAAUUAUUUGAACCAAUCCUAAAUUGGAAAUUAUAAUAAAAACUACCUGCAUUGUGGCAAA